GUUUUCUCGGGCAGGAGCACUAUUUGCCCCGCCCCGCAGCCAGAGUCGGAUGCCGAUUGGCGCACCAGCGUUCAGCGAGCGACUAGCCUUCCGCUGGAGAUGGAACAUUUGCUCCUGGUGUGGCAGACGUUGGGGCGAGACAGGUAAUCUGCUUCCCCUGAAAGAAGGUGUGUGAAGAAUCUUUGUCUCUAAGAUAGAGAUGGUGAGUGUGGGAGUCAGCACAGAGUCCUGCCAUGCCAGGUGGGAAGUAGAGACAGAUGAAACUGUCCUACAACGGCGGCAAAAGCAGAUAGAUUAUGGCAAACGCACGCCUGGUUACCAGUGCUUUCUGCAGCAGGUCCCCAAAGCACAGCGACAGCCAGGACUUCACCCUCAAACGCCAAACAAGAACAGGAGAUACAGCCGUCGCUCCUGGGAUGCCCAGAUCAGGCAGUGGAGAAGAGCUCUACAUUCCUGGGACCCCCCCAGCCAGCCUCUGCAGGGCAGGGGGGCUGAGGGGCAGGGAAUGGAGAGUCUCUUAAAGCCAAUGGAUUCCACCCCUUUGGAUGACCUACUGGAUGACUGGCUUCAGACCCUGGAACACUCGGAGAAUCUUGACGGAGGCCAGGAGGGAACCCAGGCAUUUGCAGACCUGGUGGCUCCUGCUUCCUCCCUUCCCUGGCUCUAUGAGGAAGAUCCCCACCACUGCCUCUACUUUCUAGUUUAUCAUAGUUACUUAUCUGUCCCAGACUUGAGUGGGGAACAAAAUAUUUAGGGAAAACCGAUGUCUUUCAGGGGACUUGUUGCUAAGUAUAAUAGUGAAGAUUAUUUGCAUUACUGCUACUUUCCAAUAGAUUAAAAAAGAAAUCUAAAACUCUGCCCUACAAAGAGAUCACAACACGAAGCCAUUGUUUAAAACCUCUCCUUUUUCCAUCUUUUUGCCCGUCUCUCUAAACCUUUGAUAGCUGAGACUUGAGUUUACAUAACAGCCAGAAACCAUCUAGCUGUUCCCCAACCUCUUCGCCUUCUAACGUCUACAUUCGGUCUCUUUCAAAAGGACUUAAACUUUGGCUGAGGUGGGAGGUGGUAGUGGUGGAGAUUUAAUAAAAGGUAGUUUCUUCUUCCUGAAGAGGAAAUGUA